AGCUGUGGUCUGGGAGCCUCUGCAUCCAUCCAGGCCUGAGCUGGCCUACGGGGUUCUGAGAAGCGAGACCUUCCUGAUGGCUGCUCCCGCCUGCCGCAAGCUCAGCAGUCUGGCUGGGGUGUGCCGAGGGUCUAGGACUCUGGGAUGGGACUGGGGUGUGCCCAGACACUCUGCUUCUGGUGUGCAGGGUUGGACCGGCCUGGGAAAUUGCCAUUUUUCUUCACACCCUGGCCCGAUGCCUUAGCCCCCCGCCCUGGGUAGGGGACAGCCAGAGAGCCACACCCUACAGGGUGGGGAACUGAGAACCUUUGCUGGGCUGAGGAGAGGGCCCAGUGUGGGGCCGGGUCAUCUACUUGGUAUGUGUUCUGGGGCCUGGAGCAGAGAGCCUGCAGCGUGGCUGGGCAUGCCCUCCUUCCUGGCAUCGGGCCCUCUCUGCAAGGCAGCCUCCCCCAAGCCCCAAGGUGCUGCUUGUGGGAGGUGAUGCUGCACAGAGAUGCUGUGGCCUGACACAGGUCUGGCUUGACCCUGAAGUUGUUCUUCCACCGGCCCCCCAGCCCCUCAGCCCCGCUGGCCCUCAUCCCAUGGGUGUGGUUCUCACCUGCCUUCGGGUGGGGCUGGCUGCCAGGAGGGUGGACUGGGGCAUCAGGAUUGUGAGGGGCCCAGGAGGGGUUGCUCUGACGGCACAUCCCCGUGGUCUCUGUCGCCUCCUAUGGGGAGCUCUUGCCCUCCCCAGGAAGUAGGGACCCUUUCCUAGCCCAGCUGCAGCCCCACACUGACGUCCGUGGGUCUGCCUGGGCUACCCAUGAACUCGCGGAGCUGGAGGUCCCCCUGUCCAGCACCGAGCCACGGGAGUGGUCAGGGGUCUCUGGUCCCAGGUGGGUGCGGUGGGUUGGUGUCCGUGGACCGAGUGGAGGCCCCUGCACCAAGCCUUCCCCACCUGCCCCCACUAGUCGCCCUUUAGCAGGUGGUGGGGCUCACGGUGGGGCUGCGGUGCGUGCCUGGCAGGGUUCCCUGGCCUGAGGAAGGCGUCCUGGGCAGCCAGGAGGGGGCUUCAGCGCUGAAGCCCCAAGCAGAGGGGCGCGCGAGGGAGGCAUCUGGGUGCUGCCCUGUGACUCAGUUUCCCGGCCGCUGUGCCCGCUUGAUGAGCAGCCCAGGCACAGAACGGGAAGGCGGUGAGCGGGGCGGCAAGACCCGAGCUCCGGUCGGGGCCGUUCCUUCUCGGGGCGCGUCGGCAAGCAGGGCGCGCGCGUGUCCCGGCCGCGCGUGGAGGGGCCGGCGGCGGCGGCGCGCGCGCGGGGGCGGGCGGCUCUGGCUCCGUGACGCGGCGCCGAGCGGAGCGGGCGGAGCGGGCGGGCCGGGGCGGAGCGGAGUCGUCCGCAGAGCAGCCCCUUCCGGCCGCGGCCGCCGACCCCGGCCCCCGGCCCCGCCUGGCUCUAUGGACAGGAGCUCGCUGCUGCAGCUUAUCCAGGAGCAGCAGCUGGACCCUGAGCACACAGGUUUCAUCGGUGCGGACACCUUCACCGGCCUGGUGCACAGCCAUGAGCUGCCCCUGGACCCGGCCAAGCUGGACAUGCUGGUGGCCUUGGCCCAGAGCAACGAACGGGGCCAGGUCUGCUACCAGGAGCUGGUGGACCUGAUCAGCAGUAAGCGCUCCAGCAGCUUUAAGCGGGCGAUCGCCAAUGGGCAGAGGGCGCUGCCGCGGGACGGGCUGCUGGAUGAGCCAGGCCUGGGCGUCUACAAGCGGUUUGUGCGCUACGUGGCCUACGAGAUCCUGCCCCGAGAGGUGGACCGCCACUGGUACUUCUACCGGCACCGCAGCUGCCCACCCCCCGUGUUCAUGGCCUCAGUCACCCUUGCCCAGAUCAUCGUGUUCCUGUGCUACGGGGCCCGUCUCAACAAGUGGGUGCUGCAGACCUACCACCCCGAGUACAUGAAGAGCCCACUCGUGUACCACCCCGGCCACCGUGCUCGAGCCUGGCGCUUCCUCACCUACAUGUUCAUGCACGUCGGCCUGGAGCAACUAGGGUUCAACGCGCUCCUGCAGCUCAUGAUCGGGGUGCCCUUGGAGAUGGUGCACGGUCUGCUCCGCAUCAGCCUGCUCUACCUGGCCGGUGUGCUGGCAGGCUCCCUGACUGUCUCCAUUACCGACAUGCGGGCCCCUGUGGUGGGGGGCUCUGGUGGGGUCUACGCCCUGUGCUCGGCACACCUGGCCAACGUCGUCAUGAACUGGGCUGGGAUGAGGUGUCCCUACAAGCUGCUGAGGAUGGUGCUGGCCUUGGUGUGCAUGAGUUCCGAGGUGGGCCGGGCCGUGUGGCUCCGCUUUUCCCCACCGCUGCCUGCCUCAGGCCCCCAGCCCAGCUUCAUGGCACACCUGGCAGGUGCGGUGGUAGGGGUCAGCAUGGGUCUGACCAUCCUGCGCAGCUAUGAGGAACGCCUGCGGGACCAGUGUGGCUGGUGGGUGGUGCUGCUCGCCUAUGGCACUUUCCUGCUCUUUGCCAUCUUCUGGAACGUCUUCGCCUACGACCUGCUGGGCGCCCACAUCCCUCCACCUCCCUGAUGGGCUCCCCAGGGCUGCACAGGCCAGGGCACAGGUGUAUGUGGGCUGGCCACCAGGCGAGCCUGCAUGUCUGCUCUCUGUGAAUGUACAUCUCAAGACUGCUUCUCCUCUGUGGGGGCAGGUGUCCCCAGUAACCCACUGAGUCCAGGCCAAGCCUUACACCAGCCCUGGCCACCCCCUCCCAGGCCUGGGGAGGUAGGACUGCCUGGCUAGGCAGUGGAGGUCCCCAGGUGUGGCCCCAGAGGAGACCCUGCCCCGGCCUCUCCCCCACGAUUUGCGGUCUGAGCCUUUUUGGAGAAUGAAUAAAUAUUUUACACAGCAGCAGGUGGCUGUACCAGGGCUCUGGGGGGCUGUCCUGGCCUCCCUCCCACUCACUGAGCAGUGUAAGGGCUCUUCCCUCCAUGUGGACAACCCGAGCUUUCCCCUUGCUUGUCUGCACUGGUGUG